AUGCGUUGGAAUAAAUGUGCAAAGUCCAUUUUGAUCUUGGUAUUUCUGAGUACCAAAUCGCUACUAAAAACUUGUGAAUGCCAAAAUAAUGGAAAUCACACCAGUAAAUCCAGUAAUACUGGAAAUUCAGUCCCAGUAGCAUUUACACAUGUUCAAGAUUCUAAUUCCCAAUCCACUUCACAAACACAAGAAAAUAUUAAACAACAUAAUAAUUAUACACCUCUCACUUUUACAGGUUCUAAAGUACCGGCAUGGGAUUAUGGUAGACAUGGAUCUGAUUGGACUCAUGGCAUGUGUAGUGCUGGAUUAAAGCAGUCUCCAGUAGACUUGCAUGUUGAAGGUUUAGUUGAAGACCUUCCAUUUAAUUUGAAGGAGGUGUAUGACUCAGUAUUGAGAGGGGAGUCACCAGACCUUAAAUAUAAUUCUUGGAAACGAGGUGACAUGGUUUUAAGGUCACCAAACGUGUUCAGAAUAACAGUGCCUCAAAAUGAAGGUUCAACCUUCGGGGCUCUGUUCACUACCGAUAAACCCAAUUUAUAUAUGGCCACUCAUAUAGACUUUCACUCUCCAAGUGAACAUACUUUCGAUGGAUCUGCUAAUCGCAGACAAAUUGAAGUGCAAAUCUGGCAUUAUCUCAGUGAUGCACCUUCUAGUGAUCUUGGAAUUGGAUCUAUCGAUUCUCCUGAAACUACUGAUGUUAAUAUUCUCAUUACUAAAGCCGUUAAAAAAACACCCAAUACCGGCACUACAGCUGAUACUACCACCACUGGUAGUACAAAAGCCACUGCUACCACUAGUAGUGACUCCAGCACUAGUAAUAGUGUUGAAGUAACUAAAGGUAAAGAUGUAGAUGCAAGUGGAGUAAAAAAUGUAAAAUCUGUUGAUUUAUCUCAUUUAAAUCUUCAUACUGUUGAUUCAAGUAAAGAUAACCAUCUAAACACCGAUACUCAACAUGACACAUCUAGUACAGCUAAAAGUACUGAUUAUACUGAAGAUGAUCAUCCUGAGUUUUAUUAUGAGGCUGAUGAUCAUCCCAGUAUGGUCCAAUUAUCUGAAGAUUUACACCCACUGAACUCUGGGAAAUCAUCGAGCUACAAGAAACUACUUGAAAACGACCGUUACGAUUUGUUUAACAAAUACCUUUUAACUCACUUGAACAACUCGGCCAAUAACCUGAAUAGUGAGCAGGUGCAUAUAAGGGAAAAGAAGAUGGCUCGAGAAAAGGGGACCCACUGGGGCAGGUGGGCUGUAAUUUCUCUAACUUUUAUGAGUGAAGAGAUUGAGAAGACUAAUAUUGAGAGUCUGAAAACGUUUCCUUCUGAGCGUUUUAUGAGUGAAGUUUUCAAGGCUGGGUCCUCAGUCACUAUUACUGAGAAUGACAAUUACUUAUCAGUUGGAGAUUUGAAUACUAACCAUGUUGAAACACCUUUGCCUGUUGUUGAUCUUGAUACUCCUCUGAACUUGUCUUCACUGUUCAUGAUGCUUGAGGUUAAGAACGUGAAUUACUUUGCUUACGACGGUUCUUUUACUCAGCCUGGUUGUGAAGAGACUGUCAGGUGGUAUGUGGCUAAGGAGUCACUUCCGAUAUCCACUGAGCUUAUGCUUCAGCUUCAUCGCAUGCUCAAUCCUAAUCCUCACGUUCAGAACCCUAACAACUAUGUGGACAAUUACAGGGAGCUUCAGAACGUCAAUAACAAAUGCAGAAAUGUUGGCAAGGUCAGGUUCGUGCACGGUUACCCGAUGGAAUACUUUGUCAUAUCCCCGUUCUCUCAUGAACAUCAAGUUUCAGCUUUCAGACUCAGUCGUCUUUAUCUUGUUUUCAUUAUUUCAAUAUUAUUAAUGUUAUAUUAA